CAUUAACUGGUAAAAAGAGAGAGGCCAAAGAGAAGGUGGCUACUCCAGUUGGGUGGGGCAGGCAGCUCUGGAAAACGAAGCCAGGAAAUGUGGAGCCAGUCCUUCCCCUCUACCAAGGAGAAAGGGGCAGACAAGCAGGAGGCCAGGGUCCCAGAGAGGCUCCUGGUGAUCCUGGACCCGUGGAGCAGGAUCCAUCCUCUCUCUCACCACUCCAGGCACUGCCUCCUCUGAGUUCUCUAAGCCCUGCCCAUCCUGUUGUCCCCACCCUAAGGCCAUUUCCUCACCAGCAGCCCCGCCUCUUUUCCAAAAACUGCAGCUUGUGGCUUUUCCAGGAGGCAGCAGCACAAGAACAGCGCAUAUCAGACCACACAUACCGAGAGCCAGCAACUGGCCCUAGAAAUUCCCUCCAUAGAACUAAGCACACCAGAGGCCGCAUUCCACUAUUUCACAUCGUUUCUGUUUGCCCUCACCUCACACACACACACACACACACACACACACACGCAUGCACGCGCUCUCAGGGCUUUGGCUGGGUACCCCUUCCUCCCCUCCUCCCUCCCUCCCCUUGGACUUUGUCCUUCUUACUGGCUAGGCAGGGGGGCCAGAGUCCGGGCUUGACUCAUCCCCACCUCACCAGCGCUGAGACUCCAGCUUUGUCACAGACGACACCACUCCAGCCCGGCAGAGCAGACGGCCACCGCACCCAGCUCUUCUACUGCUUGGUCCACCAUGGAGUACCUCUCAGCCCUGAAGCCCUCAGCAGAGGGCCUACUGAGGUCAGUAUCUAACAUGAGCUCCGAGUUCGGCCGCCGGGUCUGGACCUCAGCACCCCCGCCACGGCCCUUCCGUGUCUGUGAUCACAAGCGCACCAUCCGGAAGGGGCUGACAGCUGCCACCCGCCAAGAACUGCUUGAUAAGGCCCUGGAGACCCUGCUGCUGAGGGGAGAGCCAACACUGGUGCUAGAGGAGGAUGGGACGGCCGUGGAGAGCGAGGACUUCUUCCAGCUCCUGGAGGAUGACACCUGCCUGAUGGUGCUGGACUCGGGGCAGAGCUGGAGCCCUGUCAGGAGCGGGGUGCUGUCCUAUGGCCUGGGCCAGGAGAAGCCGAAGCACAGCAAGGACAUCGCUCGCAUCACCUUUGACGUGUACAAGCAAAACCCUCGAGACCUCUUUGGCAGCCUGAACGUUAAAGCCACGUUCUAUGGGCUCUACACCAUGAGUUGUGACUUCCAAGGACUUGGCCCCAAAAAAGUACUCAGGGAGUUCCUACGUUGGACCUCCGCGCUGCUGCAAGGCCUGGGCCACCUGCUGCUGGGAAUUUCGUCAACCCUUCGCCACUUAGUGGAGGGGGCGGAGCAGUGGCAGCGCCAGGGUCGCCUCCGCUCCUGAGAAGGGGCCGAGCUUCUGCCUCCGGACUCGUUCCAAGGGACUACACUGUGAGGACUGUCAGAGCGUCAGGUUUCACAACCUGCAGGCAAGAAAACACCUAAUUUCCCACUGAACUCCGACCCCAGCGUGAGCAGAAUGCCUCAUACCCUUCACCCCCUUUGCCAAAGAACAUGGUCCCAUCCUAGCUACGCUGCCAGCCCCCCACUUGCCUGAAGGCCACAAGGCCGUCCCCCCCCGCAUCUGAUCCCAUCCUCACGGCUGCCGCAUCUGGCUCCCCUCCAGCUCCUCCUGUCUCUGAGCUCCCACUCAGCACAUUGAUAAGAGAUAAGCGCCCGUGGACUUCACCUUCAGAUUUCUACUUUGUUGUAUCCUUCCCACAAAAAAAUAACAAAAGCAUCUUCAAUAAAAAUAUAAAAAUGUUUACUAGUAAGAA